CGGGGAAAGAGGCGCUGCCUUUUUUUUUUUUUUUCAUUUAUUUAUUAUUUAUUUAUGUAUUUAUUUAUUUAUUUCUCCUUUUUUUUCCCCCCUUACCGCCUUCUCGGGGCUGCCCUCCCGGUCCGGCGGGCAGGUGUAGCGACCCGGACCCGGUAGGCAGCGGGGCUCUUCCCAAAGCGGGGAGGGGGGGGCGAGAGCAAGGAGAAGAGAAGGAGGCGAAGGAAACAACAGCAGCACCACCAGCAGCAGCAGGAACAGCAGCCCGGAGCCCGGAGCCCCCUUUCCCCAUCCCGGCCGCGGUCCCCCCGGCAUCCCGCAUCCCGCCGCCCGCCCUCCGGUGCCGCCGCAGCGCCCUCUGCUGCCGUCGGGCCGUGCCGGCGGCGGGCCGGGGAUCGCGUGCGAGAGCGGGGACCCGGCGGGCGGCCGCCUUCGCUCAGCCUUCCCCCAGAUCGCCACCUGGAGCGCCGAGGGGAGCGGAGGACCGAGCAUCCUUCCCCGCCGCCGCCGCCGCCGCCACCCUCUCCGGCCCCGCCGCCCCUCGCCCCGCCGCCGCCGCAGCCGCCGCCGCCCGGAGAAAACUUGGCGUGCUGGCGGGCACCGUGGGCAUCAAAACAAUGAUUCCUCCGGGGGAGUGCCUCUAUGCUGGGAGGAAAAGGAGGAAACCCAUUCAGAAACAAAGGCCUGCAGCUGGGAAUGAAAAAUCAAAUCCUUCAAAGAGGCACAGGGACCGUCUGAAUGCAGAACUUGACCAUCUGGCCAGCCUCCUGCCUUUCCCCCCUGACAUAAUAUCCAAGCUGGACAAACUGUCCGUGUUGCGCCUUAGCGUCAGCUAUCUACGAGUCAAAAGUUUCUUUCAAGCCAUUCAAGAAAAGCACUUUAAGAAGCAAGCUGGCCAAACGAUAAAAGAAGACAAUGUAUGUAACAAGACCGCUGUACAAGAAGGUGGACUUCUACUAGAAUCACUGAAUGGUUUUGCACUGGUGGUGAGUGCAGAUGGAAUGAUAUUUUAUGCAUCAUCAACAAUUGUGGACUACCUAGGGUUUCAUCAGACUGAUGUAAUGCACCAAAACAUAUAUGAUUACAUUCAUGUGGAUGAUCGUCAGGACUUCUGUAGACAACUGCACUGGGCCAUGAAUCCUCCCCAGAUGUUGUCUGGACAGCAAACACAGACAGAAACAGGAGAAGAAUAUAUUCUCAGUAAAUUGUUUAAAGCACAAGAGAAUGACAGCACGACAACAGAUUAUUCUUCCUUCUUAACUCGUUGUUUCAUCUGUCGAGUUCGCUGCUUGUUGGACAGUACUUCUGGCUUCCUUACAAUGCAGUUUCAAGGCAAACUAAAGUUUCUUUUUGGACAAAGGAAGAAGUCCUCAUCAGGAACAGUAUUACCACCUCAGCUGUCCUUAUUCUGCAUAGUGGUACCACUUCUUCUCCCUUCUAUGACAGAGAUGAAGAUGAAAAGCCUGCUUGUGAAAGCAAAACACAAAGCUGAUGAAGCAGCAGCAGUGAAUGCAAACUCCAGUUCUAAAGGUAAUUCAGUUCUGUGUGAAGCAGCAGAAUUAUAUGGAAGAAAUAGUCAUCAUGAAGGUGCAUCUUUCAAUAAUGUUUUACAGAUUGCCGAAAACCAACUCAAAGCAAAGAAUAAUGGAGAAAAUGGCAUUUCUCUAGUCAAAGUACAAGCAAAUGAAGAUCACUGGGUCUGGGUUCAAGCUAACACUCAACUUCUGUAUCGAAGUGGUUGUUCAGAAUAUGUCCUUGCCCAGCAGCAAAUGUUAAAGGAAGAAGAUGAACAACUGAAGAUACCAAGCAGUUUUGCCAGUUUGAAAGGAAACCUGGACGGAUUUUCCUAUAACAGUGCCAUUGAAACCCUGGGCCAGUUAAAGCAUCUUAACUGGACAGCAGUAAAAAAUGAACAAGACAAUAUAAAAGUGAAGUUUGAGCCUCAUACAAACGGUGAGUGUUUCAUGCAAGAGGAAUCUCUCAGCUCCAAUGUAUCAGUUUUAGGCGUUCAAAACAACUGCACCACAAACAACAGCUGGACUUUAAGAAACUCAGGCUCUUGUUCUAUGAACCAGCGAAUGAAUGUGUGUUCAAACAGGAGAGCUGGGUCAUUCUACAACAGAGACCAAAGUUUCUUAAAUUUAGCAUCAACUUGUCCUUCCCACUGGGGGAGUGCAGAAAAUUGUCAGGCUUACUCAGGCUUACAGCAGCGCGCUGUGGAGAGCUACGCUACAGACCACCUGAAACUGCAGAGAUCGUUACUAUCCUCAGAGCCUCUCUAUGAUGCAGCGUUUCCCUUGGAUAUGCCUAUCAAAACAGAAUACGAUUCUGAUUCGGAAAACAUCGCUGAUAACUACCUGACGUCGCAAAACCGAGCCUGGAUGGACGACAACGGCGCAGCAAGGAAGCAGCUGUUCAGCUAUCCCAACAGGGUGCACCUUAAAACAGAACCGGACCUCUGUCAGCAAGCGUCACCUUGCCAGAAGCCGAGGCACUGCCUUUACACGCCGCAUAACUGGCAAUGCAUCGUAGCAAAUCAUCCCAGCAACCUCAAUCUGAACAGAGCUUGCAAGGGUUUGCGUAACAGAGAGGUGGCCCCGUUUUGCCCCCAGAACUCCUCCACCUGCUUGGAAAGCCUGCCUGACCUGCCUCACUCCGAGUGCUACGGCCAGUUCUACAGCCCCGGUCCAGGGGAGGAGAAAGAGCAGAGUAAUGAGUUUUUUAAAAUGCCAUGUGAAUAUAAAAACCCCUGCUUGGUUCAAGCAAUCAAGCGUGAGCCCCUGGAUUCCCCACCGUUGUCCAGCAGUGGACAGAACAGAGCACAUGUGAGCUUCCCUGAAAACACAUUAGCAGGUCCUGUGCCUCAUAAACCCACUGAAUGUACAUUCUUACAAUAGAUUUUAUAGCAUUGGGAAUAUUUAUAAUGUUACAGGCAAGAAGAAAUUGUAGAUUCUCUUCCAGUUGGGUUAAAUGAGUUACCAAAAUUUAAAGCCAGUGGAAAGAUUUUAAGUGUGUACGUGCGUGUGUGUGUGCUUCUGUGUGUGGAAAAAAACUUGACACAGAUGCAUACCCCCCCUCACACCUUUACACACAGCCAUUCUCUUAGUGAUCUCUGGAAAGAAAGAAAGAUAAAACCUCAGAUACAGAAAAAUAAUCAGUUAUUAUUGCACAGGUGUACUUGCUAAUUUGUCUUCAUUGUCCUUCCUUUCUUGUUUGCAGUUCUGUAACAAGGUCUAGCUAUUUCUGUUUCUUGCCUUUGUUCCUUUUUUUUUUUUCCUCUCAAGCCGAAGUGAUGCCUUUGUGGAAAGACAAAAUGUUUAUGGUUCAGUGUGGCCAGAAGUUUACCUCUGGAGAUUUUUUGGUUUUAUUUUUAGCCACUCUAAUAAGAAGCAUCAGCUAUUCCUUUAUCUCAACAUUAAAUUAAUGACAACAGGCAAGGGCUUCCCAAACCCAACUUCUUAACAUAAAAGGAUGGCAUUAAUUUAGAGAAAACAGCAUUCAUAAAAUGCAUUAGAAGUUAUUUCACUUCAAACUGAGGUUUUUCCCAUGUUUCCUUGACAAGACUGUUUUAGUACACAUAUUUUUCCAUUUUAAAGCCUUCAGGCUUUCGUGUUGCUGUUUGAAAGACUGAACAAUGGGAUGUUAUCCACUUCCAUAAAUGAGCUACAAAGGGCUUUUAAACGUACGUGAGAAGAAAAUAUUUCUCCAAUUAUUUUCCUUGCUCUCACUUGUAACAUUAACAAAGGAAAUGCACUUUUAAUUUUGAUGGUAUCUCUUUGACUGAUAACAGCUUGUUAGUCAUCAUCACCUGACAUCAAAAAUCGAAUCCCACGCAAAGAUUAGAAAUGUUAUGUUCAAAAGCAACCUCAUUUCAUCCCCAAAAGAAAAUCUUAAUCUCACUGAGAGCCAACUGGAUUUAUGCACCAAAGUGCUUUUGAAAACAGAUCCAUAUGCUUUCCUUUGAACCCAGACAGUCAUUUAUUUCUACUUUAAAAAAACAAAUCUACAACUCUGUUUUGGUUAUUGUUGUUGUUGUAGUUUGACUCCUGCACUAAUUUUUGUUUUAAAAUUGCACUAUUUCAACUUUAUAUCGCCUUCAAUUAUAUAAAAAAAUCAUCAUUAUAAAAAAAAAGCUUAGAUGUAUAUGUGCUUUCUGAAAGAAGCCCUAUAAUGAAUGUUUUCUUUUUCAAAAUGUUAUAAAUGAUUAUAUUGUCUUUAUCCCUCCUAGCCACUAAGGGCAUGGCUUUACAUGCCAGCGAAGUGGCAUGAAUUUCUCCCUGAUGCUAUGUGUACAUGGGCUAAGUGUAGUUUUCAGGUAAGGGGAUGGUUCUGCACAAGGAGUGGCACCUGGGAGCCUGCUCUUCUCCAAAUCUGGUAGAAGUCACUGCCUGAACGUUAGAGUUGGCAGCAGUAAACAACGUGCAUUCUCCGCAUGUCACUUCUAUGCUUAUGGACAACGGUUUGAUCUGAGAUGCUGCACUUUACACAGAAAUGAUGGAGACACUCACUAAACUUCUGAUGGCUGUCCUGCAUACGGCAGUAUUCACCGCAGAGAGGGCAGAGUGGGCGAGAAAGAGGGGCAAAAAUGUCCUGCUGCAGCUCAAGUUAAAUCUGCUGUAACCCAGCUGACCACACUCAAGCCAGGAGAACAUCUCUAUUUAUGCCUGAGGUUCAUCAGCUCCCUGUCGGCUACGUGCUGCCUCUCACUUGUGACUGUCUUGAUCUCCUUGCCUUAGUAUUUUCACCGGUGGGUACAGUGCAACAUCAGGCCCCUUUCAGAGGUGAGGCUGUAAGGGUGGAAUUUACACCACGCUCUGGUGAAUCACCAUUCCCUUCACAUAACAUUAAGCCCAAUCACACAAUCAUUCUGGGUACUCACGUCGAGUGAGACUCUUCAUUUGGAUCGAUGUAACUUGACUGUAAAACACUACUGUCCUCAUCUGGAAGUGCUGAUGCCAUUUUGCACAGCUAGAAAUGGUCACACCGGCUGCAACUUUGUAGAGGACUUUGCCACUGAAUGCCUUGUCUGUGCUUAGAAGUGCUUCCUAAGUAGUUAUUUGUGCAUGACUACAAAAGGAGAACUAUUCCAGCCCAAUUUCUCUCUCCAGUGUGGAAGUAGCUUAUGCUAACAACAUAAGUUCUCUUAAAGAUCUUUCUGUUACAGAAAAAUUGAUAUUUUGUUGGCAUAACUUCAUCUACUCUCAGGCUCUUCUGGUCUGUUGUGGCUGGGAUUACUUUCCUCAGGCUCCCAACAUAUCCAGUCACAUUUUACUCCUCUUAAUUCACAUUGCAAAGGUAGAUGAAGGUUCUGCACAUAGAAGUUGAUCUGAUACAUGAGGUGUAAUGGCCUUCUUCUAGGAGGACGAACUAAUGUGUCACUUCAAAGGAGAUGUCACCUCCUAACUGCUCCCUGUGCAAAUGUGGUCAGGUUUCCUUCCUUACCCUUCCACAAAGUCUGAAUCCAUGAAAAAUACAAGGUAAUGUACACUUAUGCCCUGCAUCAUGCCUGAAUUUGUCUCACUUAUGUUCUGACUGACUUGUUACUCCUGGUCUCAUAUGAAAAAGGCUUAGAGGUAGGGUUCAGGAUGUUUUCAUCCAGUGGCAUUCAGCUUUUAUCCUCAAUGAAGGGUACUUGUACCCCCAAGCACAGCCCUACGGUCUGUGCCCUUGUGCUUUAGGUGCCUCCCAAUGCAUUUCUCGUGACAUCGACAAAAUUCUUCUUGUAGAACAAGUGCCCCUUCAACUGCUUGCUUGACACAAACUUGCAGCUUCCAGGCCAAAAGAAAUGCCUUUCUUUCCCCAGUGUGUGCCUGAUGCCUUCUAGCACCUGACUGAUGACAGCAUUCAGACUGCAGCCGUACACUCUCCAGAGCUGGCGAGAGAACAAACUCCUUAAUUCUGGUGUUUUUAAGCUUGUGAGGUAAAUGGAGCGGAUUUUCCUGCUGCUUCUGAUGCUGUUAACACCAGUGGCUGAAACUGGGGCAGACUUCUGCUGUAGAAAACACUAUCAAUAAUUCAUAUUCCCUUUAGAUUGGGAUGCCCAAACAGAGCUUUUUUGAGAAUCUGAAGAGAAUCUGAACUCUUUGUAGGACUGACAGGCUUCCUACCACUUGACUGUAAUACGGUAAUGUUUUAAUUGCCCUUCAUUAGAACAUAGAGAUGGAUUCUUAAAAUCCUUCGAACUGAAUCUCAUCUGGAUGGCAUAGGGAGGCCUGACAUCUGUGCGUCAGCCAGUUCAGAAAGACUUUUGCUGAUGAUCCUCAGUACUGUGUUCAGAUUGACAGGGCACGUGCAAUUCUCCUGGAAAUUCAUAAUGCUUAAAAUACUUCAGUGGAAGGCAUCAAGCCUGAGGCAAGGAAUAGUCUGUGGGAUAAAAUCAGCUUCUGCUGCCUGGAAGCCUGGUUUAACUCCUGUUGAAGCCAUAUGGGAACUUACGUAGGACAAUUUCACCCAGGGUAGUUAUUUCACAAAAGCCAUUAAUUUGUCUUAACAGAGUAUGAUAUUUUAAUUAAAAUUGUAAAAAGAUACCAUUUCUCCUGCCUAUGAAAUAAUAAGUUGCUCAGGUAGUCAGAAAACCCACCUAAUUCAUUUUCUUUCAGUGUCAUAUAACUAAGCAACCCAUACUCAGUAUGAUGGAGGUAUAUUAGAGCCUUUGCCCUUUAUUUCUUGUCUUCUCAUUCUGUUCUCUCGCUAGAAAAAAGAUCUUCCCCUGGAGUUUCUCCCUCUCUUAAGCCUUGAAAAAAUCCUCUGUGAAAUCACUUGUCAUGAUUGAAGCAGACUUCUGUAACAAGCACAGUGAGACAAGGAGCUCUGCAGGUGGCCACACUCGGGCUGUAGUCACAAGGCUUUUAUUUAGCUGAACAAAACUCGUGGAAGAGAACUACCAGUAGUUUAUGUCCUACCAUCCUGACAAGUAGACCUCUGAACACAGAUGACACAUAUCCUUGCCAAUAUAAACACACAUUCUCCUGUAAAGCUAUUAUAUUUUUUCUCUUCCCCUGAAAAUGUACCAUGCCUGUUUCUCCCGUUCCUUCUCACUUUUCACAUUGCUUUUUUUUUCCCCAUCAGCUAUGUUUUCUAAAUUGAGUGGCCACAUUUUCCCAGAACUGAUAUUCUUAGUUUUUAGAUUUGUAUUGGCUUUGCUCAUAUAAACCUGUUCUCAGAUACCCUGAAAUCUGAAGCAAGUCAUAUAUGACCAGCAAUUUUUCUGCUUAUGUUGAAUGCAUGUUGAUAGAAUUUUAUCAUAUUACAGGUUUUAUCAAAUUAAAAAAUGUCCAGACAUAAAUUGAGAUAGAAUCCAGUUUCUUUAAUUUGAAUUUGAAUUUAGUUAUAAAUCCUCCUCUCCUCCAUAUGCAUUAUUCAAACACUUGCCUUAAGCAAAGGCUUUCUUUGAGUGAGUGUUUGGGUGGAGAGUAAAACAACAUUAUUAAGACAAUUUUUUGGGAGAAAUAAGAUCACACUGAAUGAUGUCAUACUGUCAAGGUGUUCUGUGACUACAGCAUUAACUUUCUACCUGCUAUCAAUAAUUCUGUACUCCAGAAUCAUGUCCUUAUUUUUUCUGAAAAACUGAAUUUGUUACUCUUCAACCUGAACAUAAUUUCUUGAAAAAAGAAAUUGGGUUGAGGUAAUUCAGUGCUAGCAUGUGUCUCUCAGUCAGACUGAAAACAUCAUUCUAGGAGGCUUGAAGCCUUCGUUUAAUUAAUUAAAAAAUUAAUUAAAAAUCUCAAAUCUCAAAAAUCAGACAAAGUUCUGGGCUAGAAAUCUCCAUUUUGCACAGGAGCACAUCACAGGAAUUUCACCACCAUUCUGCCCCCUUGUAGGGCACACCUUGGUCUCGCCCUUCCUUUUCCCAUCACUCUCCUUUCUGAACCAAAUUUCUUCCUUUUUAACUUUUGCACCGCAUCCUUCCUUUGUUGAUUUAAAUUUGAGAUAAGAAGAGGCGAGCAGCAACAUUGUAGUUUGUUUUCGUUUUGACUUUUGUCUUUCUAAGAAAUAAUUCCAAAAAGAUGCAAGUUAUCUCAGUUCUCAGCAACAUAUCAAGUCUUCUUGCUUCUCUCAUCAUAGUUUGGAUGAUUCUUCCUCUACGUGGCCAACAGCCUUCCUUUCCUCUUCUGAAAGGGCUCUUCCUCACACUCCUUCACCUCUUCCCAGGUUCUUAAUGAAGCCAAAGAACACUUUUGUCCUUAAAGGUAGCUGUGUCUAUCAAAAAGCGUCUCCUUUUUCUUCCUCUAGCUUUUCUACCUUUGUGACUUUAUAGGACGGUACUUUGCAGCCUCCACCCGUUCUGCUUUCUGCCUCCGUAGCUUUAUUUUUACUCAGGCACACUUUAAAAGUUUUGCCAAAAGAACAAUGUUAUGCAGAAGUGCAAUGCCCUGUUUCUUCCCUUGCUCCCUUUGAAUAAGACAAAGGUACUGGCAGAAGUCUUAGUGUAAUUACAUCUCAUAAAAUAGAAAAAAAAGUCCCUUUGCUGGGGAAUCGUACUCUAUUCAGGCAGCUCUAUUGCCAAGAAGCUGUGAGCUACCACCAGCAGUUUAAGUCUGUAAGUACACACCGCCAAUUCCUUUUGCGUUUAGACCUGGUCUCUUUUCAAAGAUGUAGGAGCCUGCUUUCUCCCUUUUUGCUCCUCUCAUAUUUUUUUUAUUUUUUACUUUUAUUUUCCUAUGUGCAUUUAUUCUUUCACUGUGCAGUUGCACUUUUAAUAUGUAAUUUUUUAAAAAGAAGAGUAUGGAAGCACUGUUGAAAAUGUACAGCGAGUCCCUUUUAGGUUCUGAGGUCAGAACUGCAAAGAAUUACCAAGGGGUUUAAUGUGACUUUGUAUCAAGGCUUCUGACUGUUACAGAGAUGCCCAUGAAAAUCAUCAGUACAAAUAAUGCGAUUUGUCUCAAAAAAAGGGGGCACAACCCGGUAUCAAAGCCUGCUAUGAAAAAUAAAUGGCACUUCCUAAACCAAAACAGUGGAGAACAAGGUUAAAUAAAAAGUGCACGGAGACCUGCCAGCAUCUUUGGCCUACCUGUUUUGUUUGUUUUUUUACCUGAAAAAUGGGUAUUGCUCGAUCCCAAAGAUUAAGGGAACAACGUACCUGCACAAACACGGCACAAAACCCUACCGAUUUGUGCACGUAACGUGUGGUUUGCCCACAAAUUGGGCAGGCUCGCCGCUUAGUUUUAAGGCUGGCGAAAAUUUCGGCACACAACACCCUAACCGCUCGCUUCGGGGAAGCAAAUUGGACGGCUCCUGAGGAAUCACAGCCAGGAAGGGAAACACUUUUGAUAACCCGUGGUGGGACCCCUACCACUUUGUGCACUUUGUGCUGCUUUGUGUACAGUUAUCAUAGACUCCGAGACCUAUCUGUAGCGGGAUAAAUAAAAGCAGGCAGUAAAAAAAAAAAAAAAAGUGGGUUUUAUAUUCUGGAAUUUUGUUAAAAACAGGUGCACUUUUGUGUUGUUUUUUGGUCCUUUUUUUUUUUGUACUGUUUUCUCCGUCUGCUUUUAGAGGGACCUUUCCCGUGUAUUUCUUAAAUUAUAUUUUACAUUUAUUUACCAGCCGCGGGCGUGUAAAGUUAAAACAGUCGGAAAUAAAUAAAGAGAAUUCUAAAGAUUUGCAUUUAAA